AUGAAGUUCCUCGCUGUUGUCGCUCUCGCCGGUACCGCCAUGGCCGUUCCCACCACCACCACUACUACACCAGCUUGCCCAGGCGGCCUGUACAGCUUGCCUAGAUGCUGCGCUACGUUUGUCCUUGGCGUCAUCGGCCUCGACUGUACCGUUCCAUCGAGGACUCCCAACAGCCCAGCAGACCUUCGCAGUGUCUGCAGCGACAUCGGCAAGCAAGGCGGUUGCUGCUUCCUUGAUCUUGCGAGCCAGUCACUUGUCUGCACCCCGGUUUCUGCUAACUAA